AUGCGUACCCUCAUCCUUCUAUUGCUCCCCACGGCGGCUCUUGCACAGAACGCCGGCAUGUGCAGCGAUUGCUCUCCGCCCAGGGGCCGCAACGGGCACCCGAUCAUGGCCGUCGGCGGAGUGAUGGGCGGUGGGGGAUUUGGAGUGCCGAUGGCUCCUCCGAUGCUGAAUCCGGCGCCACCCCUCAUGAUGGGCAUGUUCAGAGGCAGGGGGGGCCGCGGGGGUGGGCGUGGCGGCGGAGGCGGGCGGGGUGGCGGAGGAGAUCCGAUCAUGGAAUCGGUUCCGAACAAGAACCGGCCUUCACGCACGCGUCCGAACCGGAAGAAUGGGAGACGGGAUGUCGAGGAAGAGGAAUUUGCGGGGAUCCAGCGCCCCCGGGUUCUCGAGAAAAACGCGAUGGAGUGGGAUGGUUGA